GCAAUAACAUCGUUUCUUUCACACCUUACUGGGUUUCUAUUUUUUUUCUUUUUUUCUCUUGGCGUACUUCAGCUCGACAUACUGAUAUGAUAUCCGGUGGCCGUGAAUGUAGCCACGUGCAGUAGGUACCUAUGUAAGUGAGCGUGACUCUGGUAAAAAACUAUGGCUUCAUGUUAACUUUCCCUGCGGUAUGUGACCAUGGCUUUUAUCAAAUUCAGGUCUUUUUAAUAAAAUAUAUCAAGCAUCAACCAGCUAUCUACAUUAUAUUCCAAGCUUAUGUAUUCGCUGAUAGUUUUACAAUCUGUAUUAGGGGAUGGGGCUUCUAGAGGAGGAUAGAGGUAUUAAAUCCUAUCCUUCGCAUCUCACAUCUUCAGGUUACUCCGCAGCCAUCAGGCCGAAAUAAUCCACCAUCUCUUCCAAAUAACCCGCCAAAAUACCCUAUUCUAAUGGAGCCAUCUCCUUUACGGCCACAUGACAAUAAUGCCGAUAUCAUGUUUGACCAUGGGCAUUCAUUGGAAAUAAUUACCACUCUUCAAACGAGGCUUGAUGACUGCUUGUUAGGUAACGAGACUGGCAAGCAAUUCAUCCCCGAUGGAACACUGGAGCGGAUACUAGACGAGAAUACUGUCGGUCGCGUGUUGUCAGAACUAUCUAUUCUCCGUGAUAAACUUCCAGAUGGCCCUAAAAAUUAUGCACGUAAGAUCUGUGGUCAGAACCCUCCCUUUCGAAAGAUAUUGGCGUUGCUUCUUUUAACAGACAUACCCGAAGCGAUCGUACCGUUCGUGGACCUUGGAAUUGAUGACCUAGCUCUUCCCAUGCCAGACCCGAGAAUACUCCUGUCAUAUGAACUAUCGGGCUCCUGUGAUGAUGAAGAUGCUGCUGUUUGGAAUGAGUGGAAUUCUCUAGCUGACUCACAGCUAAAACGAUCUGAUCUACGCAAUAUAUACGUGAGGCAAUGGUGUCUAUUAUCACCACGUUUCAUCAGACGAGAUAGUAUCCCUCAUUAUAUAUUCACACACGACUAUAUUCUACCCUUCCUUCAGAAUGGGUUCGAUUCACCUGGUGGCGCUAAGCUAUCGUAUCCGUUGGACGAAUCGGUUAGAAACGGUUCCUUCAGCCAGGUUCGAAGGGUGAAGAUUCAUCCAAAUCAUUAUGACUUUGGCGAUUAUGGGAUCAGCAACCCAGAUCACCAGUUUGCGGUGAAGAAGCUAUGGACACCCGACUAUGAAGAUUUUGCCCAGGAGAUUGAAGGAUUCAAGCGUCACUGGAGGUCUCAUAUCAACAUAGUUCCGCUUUUGGCAACAUAUGAGAUUAGGGAGACGGUUGCCGACGAGCCCCUAAGAAGUUAUUGCAUGAUCUUUCCUUGGGCGACGGGUGAUCUGAGGUCUUUUUGGGAGAUGAACGAAGAGCUCGUCGGGGAUAUCAAGGUCCUUCCAUGGUUUGCUCGUGAGUGCUAUGAAAUUGCUAGGGCGCUCUCAUGUAUCCACGGAGACACUCGCCACCCAACAGAUAAUACAGAUUCUUUCGGAAGGCAUGGAGACAUAAAGCCAUCGAACAUUCUUUGGUAUCCGAACGCGUGCGCUAAAAGCACAAGUGAUCUCGGGAAAUUGGUUCUGUCAGAUUUUGGACUGGCAGACUUCCACCGUGCUACUUCGACGACGAGUUCAAGAACAUCGAGUCUUCCUAGGUCCAUGACUUACCGGGCUCCAGAAUUCGAUACGACCAAAGUGAUAUCGCAAGCAAUCGAUAUAUGGUCCUUGGGAUGCACUUUUCUAGAGUUCAUUACCUGGUUCCUCAAAGGGAGCACCGCGGCUCGGGUCGAGUUCCCUGAACAUCGCAUGGAAAUCGACAUCUAUGGCAUCAACGCCGAUACAUUUUUCACUUUUCAACAUCAUCAAGGCCAAAUAAAUGUUCUUCUUAAGCACCAAGUCGUGACUUGGAUUGAAGGUCUCCGCAACGACAAGUCAUGUAACGGAUAUCCAAGGGACUUUUUGGACAUGAUUCAGUACGACAUGCUUGUCGUUAAUUGCUCGGAUAGACGAACGGCUGCUGAAAUAUUUCGGAAACUUGGAGUAUUGCGGUUGCAAUGUGUGGGUGAUGUUGAUUCUUAUUAACUAGGUCCAUCGGAUCACUCGAGUUUGGCUACGUCGAAGUAUCCUACGCCAACCAUAGACGGGGAAAUCAACAAAAAAGGGGAGGGAGCGAAAACGAUUCCUUAGAAAAAUAUCCCAUUCCCAUUAUAUAGUAGGUAUUAAAAAAUCCUUAAUCCUAUUACAAAUUGUA